GCUCUUCCCGUGAAUUUCUGUCCUAAGCCAAGUCUUGAUCUCUCCCUAUAUUACUCUUCUGCUCUGCGCACUUUUCUCUCCACUUUACUUCGAAUUGCCCUAACUUAGAGAGAAAAACUCUUGUUUGGCAUUCAAUUUUCUCGGGAAAAACAAUAUGAAGGAAAGUGCUGGAAACCCUCUCCAUCUCACGUCCUUGAACCACAUCUCGUUGGUGUGCAGAUCAAUCGAAGAUUCAAUGAGUUUCUACCAAAAUGUCCUCGGUUUUGUCCCCAUCAGGAGGCCUGGCUCUUUCAAAUUUGAUGGGGCAUGGUUGUUUGGACAUGGAAUUGGAAUACAUCUCUUGCAAUCGGAGGAUCCAUCAUCAUUGCCGAAGAAGAAAGAAAUCAAUCCCAAAGACAAUCACAUUUCUUUCCAGUGUGAGAACAUGGGAGCGGUGGAGAAGAAACUGAAAGAAAUGGGGCUUGAUUGCGUGCGAGCGAUUGUAGAAGAAGGUGGAAUAAACGUGGAACAGCUGUUCUUCCACGACCCAGAUGGAUUCAUGAUCGAGGUAUGCAACUGUGACAAUCUACCAGUGAUCCCACUUGCAGGGGAGAUGGUGAGAUCAUGCUCGCGGGCUAACCUGCAGCUGAUGGCGCAGCAGCAACAGAACAUUUCCAUAAUAAAAUCAUGAGCAGAUGCUGUUUUGUUUGUUGAAUUGAUUUUGGUCGACCAUGUAAUAAGAUACAUUCCUCUAGAUGUGAUCCAUGAUAGAGAGAGAUGAUCAUUUUUCCAGAUCUACUAUUUUCUUAAUUAAUUCAAUGUGAACUUCUUCUUCCUUGCUUA